GUUCCUCCUGGGAUUCGCAGUCACACUCCUCGGGUUCUUUUCUUAGUCCACUUUGAUGGAGCUACGAAAGGCUCUGUUGGGGGGAGGAGUUGGCUUCGUUGGUUUUACAGGGCCAAUGCUGUUCAUUUUGCAUUUGGGAAGGUGGUCAUUCAAAUGAUUAAUCGUAAGGAUUUAGGUUAUGUUUUGGGUGGUAGCCUUCUUUCAGAGAUUCAGGUUCUCCUUGUCUCCGUGCAACGUGCGUCAUUCUAUUUCACUUUGCGUAAGUUCAAUAGGACUGCCCAUAUCAUGGCGAAACAAGCCCUCUCAUUGUUGGAUCGUUGGUUGGUCGGCCAUCGGCUCUUCUUCAAUUAUUCCUUGUAAUUUGACCUGCAAAGGUCCUUUUAUUAUGUCGUAUCUGCUGUAUUUCCUAUUCGGAAUAACUUUGAAAAAAAAAAAAAAAGAGACGUGAACUACGACCACGUCCAUCAAUUUUUGUGGGAAUUCGUAGCCAAUCAAUCAGAAAGGGAAUUAGUCAUUUGGCACUUGCCGGUGCCUUCCACAAAAUUUAUAAGGCCUCCAAAUUAAAUCAACCAUUUGAAAGGGAUAUGACAUUGGGCAC